AUGACUCAUCUCACAAAAGAAUCAGAAAAACCUCCAGACUUUACCUGCAACUCAUGUGGAGAAAUAUGUUGCUCCCUGGCUUCACUCCACCGUCAUCGUGACAACCGCUACCAUACAUCACGCAAGUGUCUUCUCUGUAAUUUAUUUCUCUCGAAGGAGGAAAAUUCGAAAAACCAUCUUGUUCAUGCUCACAACAUCCAGAAACCAAUGACGUGUCGUUGCUGUGAUUGGAUAUUUUUGAGCAAUAUGGAGUACUGUCAUCACAGAAUGUUCCUGAAAGGAACUAGAACCGAUUCAUCGUAUCCUCUUAUUUUAAAUGAGUGUCCACCUGGAUUUUAUUAUGGAGAAGAUAGUAAAUGGUUGGAUGAAUCGAAGGAAAUUCUGUUCAAAUGGCAGAUGGAGAAGUUGAAUGAAGAGAUACCAUCGACUUCUAAAACUUCUACCGCUUCAUCCUCUGAUACUGUAUCACCCAUCAAUGCGUCAAGAUCUAGAGCACCAGCGAAGAAAAAAGGAUUUAUGAUCAAUGACAUCCUCGCCUGGGGUGAAUAA